UUUGACUUUUUGAAGUCCCCGUUGCGUGUAUUUCCCUUUCCUCACCUUGGGAGGGCCGGAGCGAAAGAUAACUUCGAAAGUCAGGUUAAUGGUGUUCACGUUUCCUCCGGGACACACAUGCCCCCAAAAGCCUUGGGGCACUUGUAAAAGUAUGCAAUGUUUGACCUUGGAUACUACAAGCAGCAAAGGAAGAAAAAUGUCUGACGGCAACUUUUUUUUUUCUUCUUUCUUUUUUUAUUCGGAGGAAGGACAGCAGCAGAAUGAUGUAAAGCAGAAACCGUGAAUAGACAGCAAGUACUAUUAGCGGCCAAUAAAAAGGCACUUAAGAGCCCGCAUUUAUCACCAUUUGCUCGACUGAUGACGUCUGCCUGCAGCUCCUCUAUCUACACUUCUGCUCGCUCACACGAGGGCUUAAACCAACGUCGGCCUUUGUCACCAUCUCCAUUUCUAUUGAAAGAUUUGGGAAUCUCUCCGUUUCCCCCCUCUCUAAUGCUUUUCUGACAGAUUCUUUUUUCAUUUUUUAAGAGCUUUGCCCUGAAGGUUCCUUGGGCAAGAAGCGGAUAAUCUGAGCAGAAGACAGACGGUGGGAAGAGCGCAGCUGCUGCGUGCGGAGCAAAGAAAAAAAAAAUAAAAAUAAUAGAGAUAAAGGCGGCGAGAAGGUGUGCAAGUGUGAAGGGCGACGAGGCCGGCGAGGACACAGAGACAAAAAAACCCAAAACAUAAAAAAGAAAAAAGAACCCGUCUUCCCCAUCCGACGUCCACCUGAACGUGAACUGCGGGAAUGCGGCGAGACGAGACGUCACACGCCCACUGAAGGAGCCUCGCUACUUUCCUCAUCAUGCUCGAUUCCGCUGCCUUCCCAGAAUCGAACAACCUGCGCCGGAAGAGCAACUUCGUCCCCGGGUAGAAUGACGAAAGGACACCUGAGAGCUUGUGACACCCUGUGACAAACCUCCUUUUUUCCUCCCUCAUCACCUUCCUCUGUCCUUGCCUUCACUUCAGCUCGACUCUCUCCUCCUCACUAUGUUGAUACCAGCUGUCCUCCUAUGGAUUCUUAAUGUCAGCAAACUGUGCUCAGGACAAGACUACAUGGACUACUACUCAGCAGGAGACACGGGAACCCAGGCUCCAGUGUUGUCAGAUGACCAGGUCAGUUUACAGAGCGUCAAGAGUGUGGAUCAGCUGCUGCGGCUUCUCUAUCCUGAAUACAAUCUGCUUCAGCAGUGCCUGAGGAAGAAAUCAUGGCACGCCUCUUCCUCCCCAUUUCCCAGCUCCUCUGCGAGCCCGGCGGUUCAUUUGAACCAUGACGAUGGCUGGGUGCAGCUGAGGGAAGAGCCGCUUUACAAAGUGGACGGUACUCUCGGAGUCAUCCUGGAAGAGAUCCAGCGCACUUCGUGUCAGCCCCGGGAGGUGUGCAUUGAGGUUACCAAAGAGUACCAACAAUCCACCAGUCAGUUCUACCUCCCCCGCUGCGUGGCCCUGCAUCGCUGCGGUGGAUGCUGCACCAACGAAGCCUUUUACUGCACCAACACGAGUCACGCGCUCGUCAACAAGACGCUGAUGGAACUAUCGCCACCCAGGAUGGAGCGCUCCGUUGUCAUGGUAACCUUUGUCAAUCACACGGUGUGCGAGUGCCUCUCUAAGCGGCCACUUCACUCCAUCAUCAGACGAGCCGCAAUGGAUCACCUAUGUUCCCCUCCCUCGGUCCCCUGUGCUCCGGCGUUCUUGUGGGAUCCCGUCAACUGCAUGUGUGUGCCCAUAGAUGCCAUUAACUACUCUGAGAAAGAGACAGAGGCUUUGGACUCAGGGCUGCUUGCUCUCUGCGGCCCCAACAGGGUUCUGAAGGAGCCCAGCUGCGAAUGCGUCUGUCGAAACGGGCUCACUGAGGCCAGCUGCGGUCCGGGCUGGAAACUGGACCACAACACAUGUGAAUGUCAAUGCGAAGGUCAGGAUGAGGGCAAGUGGUGCCCCGUCGGCCAGCGCUGGAACGAGGAGCUGUGCGGCUGCGUGUGCACCGCCCAGUGUCCCGGGAAUCAACCUCUCAACCCCGACACCUGCUUGUGUCAGUGCAGAGAAAGUCCACAGACAUGUCUACGGCAAGGCAAGAGGUUCAACCCUAACACCUGCAGUUGCUACAGGUUACCCUGCAGGACCCCCAAACGCGCCUGCCUGUCUGGCUUUUACUACAGCCACCAAGUCUGCCAGUGCAUCCCCAACUAUAUGAAGCCUGCGUGGAAUUAGCCGGUCACAGAGUAGAAAAGACAAGAUGCCAGCCGAGGACGCCGUUUAAACCUUGGGAAACUUGUGGCCUGACACUACAGAAGAGACCAAGGGGUGGAGCAGAACAACAAAUGAACACUUAUUGGAUUACAACAGACUUAAGUAUGAUUCAAGGCGCUAAAAAUGCUUGGUCCCACGGGCGGAUGCAGUAACAGAAGAGGAAAUGGGAUAUAUGUGACUCACAUGUGUCUGUGUACGGGUGGGCUCUUGUCCAAUCGCACCUGGAGAAAUGUCAAAAGGCCAGAUCGGACCAAUCCGUUUCAGAGCCAGCUUUGGUACCUGCUGCAACACGCUGGCGCAAGUGCGUCGACACUUUUGUUGAAAUGGAAAGUGGAAGAAGAUAAUGACAGAGUAGACUAAAGAUGAAAUAAGCUCAAGGCAACUUUGCUGCAGGCUGUGAGGUGGAAGCUAUGGGCCUUGCGGAGAUGUCACAGCAGUAUGAACAUGACACCAAAAUGCUUCCCCCCAACUAAACGUUUGCAUUCCUACCAGAGGGCACACACUGUCCAUCUUGUAAACCCUGUUUUUUCUUCAUCAUUCACUUCAGAAAGGUAAUACAGCUCCUGCUGUAGGGCUGAUCUACAGCUUUUUACUUGUAAUUUAAAUGAUCCUAGGCAAUAUUAAAAUGUAAAUAUUUAAUUUUGUUUGUAUUUAAAACAAAAGUAGUUGUGAAAUACUGUAUUCAAGAAAAUCACUCUGCCAAAGUCCAUGUUUUGAUUGGUGAUGCUACCAACAGUGCUAAAAGAAUGAAUCCUAAUAUUUUAGAAAAAGAAAGUCUGAAAUGUUUCAUAUUCCUUUCUGAAGUAUUCCCCCCCUCACUUUCAAUUAAAUGAUCUACUGACAAA